AUGUCACAAAUGAUGUCGUCUACAAGAUUGCUUCAAGGAUCUACAUCCGAAUGCGUUUGGAAGGCCAUGAGUUCGCUUGAACAUUUUAGGCUUAGAAUUGAUUUUGUAUUGAGAUUGUUCUCCACUAAGUCAAGGUCCACACUCACCAAACCACAACACCACCAUAUCCACAAUCUCAAGCAAUUUCCUUCACCCAUCACAUCUGUCAUUGUAAAAUUCAUCAUUGCUGCAGUUCUGAUCAUCAUUGCUUUUCUAGAGGAAUCUCUGCUAGAGGGUCAUAUAUUUGGUCGAAACUUAUUGUGGUACGCGGCUGUUUUUGGAACCAUAACUGCUAUUAGCCGGGUUGCAAUUGUAAAUGAACUUCUGGUCAUAGAUCCUGGAGGAGGAAUGUCUAUGUUAGUUCAGCUUACGCAUUAUGUGCCAAAGAGAUGGCGUGGCAAGCAAAGUACUGAAACGGUCCGGACUGAGUUUGAAACCUUAUUCCAGUAUACUGGGAUGAUGCUACUCGAGGAGAUGGCCUCAAAUUUCCUUACUCCAUACUUACUCCUAUUUGUUGUCCCAAAGCGUGUCGAUGAUAUCUUGCAGUUCAUUGCUGAUUUUACCGUACACGUUGAAAGUGUUGGCCAUGUAUGCAGUUUCAGUGUCUUUGAUUUUCAAAAGCAUGGAAACAGUAGUUAUGGUUCCUCAUCUCAUCCGCCUGCUCAUACCGGUACAACACCAUCACAACACCGUUCCACCUUCCCGCACCCAUCACGCUAA